UCUAAUUCAGUAGUUCUGCCUAAGGCCAAACAAAAAAAUAGUCUUGGUUCAGGGAACCCGACCGACCCUAUUUUUUGCCCCCGACCCUAACGAUUUUUUUAGUCCGCGGAAAAAAAAUCCGUCAGCGAUGUUUUUCUUCGGUACGGUAUGGAACGAGUUUUACGUAUAGCGCAUUGUAGCCGAUAACAACAGAUCCAUUCGUUUACGCUUUAUAAACAUGGCGGCGUCCACAUCGCUAAUGUUGGCAAUAAACAUCGAAAAAUGUGACCACCAAAAAGGCUGUCAGCUGAUGAGAGUUACUCCAACCUCAUCAACAGCAGCUGACAUUUUUAAAGAGCUUCAUGGGCCGGUGGAUCCACAACGAUAUGGGGUUAAAUUCGUUGUGGGAACUUCGCUGGAAGGGACAUCUUUCUGGGAGAUUGACGGUUGCAUCCCAUUGUUUGAGGUUUCGGCGUUUGGUGUGAAGGUCCUCAAAAUGACAUGUACUACCUUACCAGAGGGAAUAUUGGCAUCUUCCCUGGAGAAAAUUUCGAACGAAGCAACAAAGAAAACCGUUGAUGCCUUCCAGGUGUUAAUGAUGAAGGGGAAAGCAUUGCCCACGAAAAAAGUGGCAAGCUCUGGAGUACUGACGGGACUUAACCGGAAAGAUGAGUUGUACAAUGCCAUAAUAGACCUGUGCAAUAGAAUGGAUACCAAGUUUCCAAGAGACAAUGCAGUGACUGAUGGUGGUUACUUUGUGCAGAUGGUGUGAUUUGACUGUCUGCAAUGCAUUGUGGUACAAAACAAACCAGAUGGACACGAUUAACAUCACCUCCAAAAAGCAGAAAGAUGUACAGCCUGUCCCAGACCUGUUUGAACAGUUUGACGGGUACAAUGACACAAAAAGGAAGAAGCAGAAAUCCGAGCCGAUGACCAGUAGCGGACUUCAGAGUCAUGCGGAAUGUUUAUUCAGUUUAUUAGAGAAACCUUACGUAAACUCUACAACAGGAAAAUGGCCAGAGCUUCGUGCAAGUGU